GUAACCAAGGCAACCGCUAUGCGAGUCCACACCCUGCUGCCUAUGGAAGCUACACUCCUAAUACCUACCCAUCUAGCCGCACUAUGCCUGCCGCCAGCCCCAAUACCACAAGCAGUCAGUCCAGUAAUAGCUCUGGGGAACAACUUAGCCGUACAAACCUCUACAUCCGUGGCCUCACUCCCAACACAACAGAUAAAGACCUCAUCAAUCUAUGUCAACAAUAUGGUAAAAUAGUAUCUACAAAAGCAAUAAUCGACCAGAAUACUAACAAAUGUAAAGGUUAUGGAUUUGUUGACUUUGAAUCUCUCCAUGCGGCGGAUGGGGCAGUGAAGGCGCUCCAAGCUCAGGGAAUACAGGCUCAAAUGGCAAAGGUGCGUACCAUGCCCAGUGAUGCUAAUUAUUCAUUCUUGGGCUCAACUAACAGUGGGCAACAAGAGCAGGACCCUACUAACCUUUACAUUGCAAAUCUACCCGUACAUAUGUCAGAAAAUGAUUUGGAAAGUAUGUUCUCUCCAUUUGGUCAGGUGAUAUCUACUAGAAUUCUAAGGGAUAACAAUGGCAUCAGUAGGGGAGUUGGUUUCUGUAGGAUGGAGAGCAAAGAAAAAUGCGAACAAAUUAUUAACCAUUUUAACGGAAAACAUAUACCAGGAUGGAAGGAACAGCUUCUAGUAAAGUUCGCUGAUGGCGGAAACAAGAAAAAGAACCAAUACCAACAAAGAAACGUGUGGACAGAUAGGGGAGACAAUAUUCCAUUAGCAUAUGAACAGACUCAAGUGGCCCAAAACGGUUAUGGAAGUUAUAGUGUUGCCCAGUCUAUGAUGACCCAAGGCAUGAUGGCUCCAAGAUAUUCCGUAUCAACGACCCCCGUAACAAACUACCAAGUGCCGUCAGGGGCUUCCUGGAUGCAGCCGACUCCAUAUAUGAUUCCACAGCAAACUAUGUCUGUGAUGCCUUCUUCUGUCCAUCCCAGCCAGCACCAAAUGGAUCCCAACAGUGUCAUGCCAAAUCUAGCACAGCAAAUGGGCCAAUUACAGCUACAAAACGCAGGAGCAUCGCAUUUGCAGUAGCCUGACCUUCUGACCUCUCUUAUAAAGUAUAGUCCAUGGGUCCAUAAAUGAACCGGAGGAAAAAUACAUUUCUGGCUGAUUUAUGGCGGUACAUACCUGUAGAAAAACAAUUAGUCAUUUUUUACAUUUUUUGUCAAAUAUUAU